GUCUAUUUGGCAGCUUUGCUUCUUCUAUAUCUCACUUCAAAAGAAAAAAAAACACAUUUUAACUAAAAUUCAAAGGAAAACAGAGCAAAAAAAAAACCCAGAAACAGAGACGAAGAAACUAAUUCAAAGGAUCAAGAAACCGCUUCACUUUAAAAAGGGAUGGUGAUGGUAGUAGGAGAAACAUCCAUGGAGCUUGACCAGUGUUUUCAGAUGAUGAUGAUGAAGAUGGAAGGAGUCUCGAUCAAAGAGUGGAAAGAUAUCCCUGUUGAGCUUCUCUUGAGAAUCCUCUCUCUUGUUGAUGAUCGGAAUGUCAUUGCUGCUUCUGGUGUUUGCUGUGGCUGGAGAGAUGCCAUCUCGCUUGGCCUCACUCGUCUCCGGCUCUCUUGGUGCAACAACAACAUGAACAGCUUAGUUCUGUCUCUUGCUCCCAAGUUUGUAAAGCUGCAAACUUUGAUACUGCGCCAAGACAAACCUCAGCUAGAGGACAAUGCGGUGGAGGCCAUAGCAAAUCACUGCCAUGAGCUGCAAGAGCUUGAUCUCAGCAAAAGCCUGAAACUCACUGACCGUUCCCUCGACGCACUUGCUCAUGGCUGCCCUAACCUCACAAAACUCAACCUUAGCGCUUGCACUUCGUUCAGCGACAAAGCUAUUGCGUAUCUGACCACGUUCUGCAGAAACCUGAAGGUUCUGAAUCUUUGUGGAUGUGUUAACGCUGUUUCUGACUAUACCUUGGAGGCUAUUGGGAACAACUGCAAUCAGAUGCAGUCACUAAACUUGGGAUGGUGUGAGAAGAUCAGUGAUGAUGGGGUUAUGAGUUUAGCUUAUGGCUGUCCAGAUCUCAGGACCUUGGACUUGUGUGGUUGUGUUCUCAUUACAGAUGAGAGUGUGGUAGCUUUAGCUGAUUGGUGCGUCCACUUGAGAUCACUGGGGCUAUACUACUGCAGAAACAUAACGGACAGAGCCAUGUACUCGCUAGCUCAAAGCGGGGUGAAGAACAAACCAGGGGGGCAAUGGAAAUCAUCGGCCAAGAAGAGCAAAUUCGACGAAGAAGGGCUGAGAAGUCUCAACAUAAGCCAAUGCACUGCACUCACACCUUCGGCUGUUCAAGCGGUUUGCGAUACGUUUCCUGCUCUUCACACGUGUUCGGGGAGACAUUCGCUUGUGAUGAGCGGGUGUUUGAACUUGACGUCUGUGCACUGUGCUUGUAUCCUUCAGGCUCAUCGCUCGGUUCCUCACUCUGCUCACUGAAAGAGAGAGGGAAUGGGUAAUGUUUUGUAUAUAGAUGCUUAAUAUGUUGAUGAAGAGAUUAGAUGCCAAACUCUAAAAUUGCUUUUGAGUUGGUUUCUUUACGUUGUCUUGAAGGAUCUUUUUUGUAAGAACUCUUUGUUACUACUUAUUACCCUUGCUUAUUACUGAA